AUGGCACGAAAAAGGCCUAAUCCAGCUGACUUUAGAUUUGAAAAGAAAGUAGGCGAAACCUUAACCCGAGAGCCAGGACAAAUUUUCCCCUAUGAUUUUUCAAUUGACACCCUUGAAGAUUGCACUGUUUAUCUUCUCGACACCAUUGCUCAAGUCACUGGUGACAAAUGCAAAAAUUGCCGCUUACACUUCGGUCCUACCGAAGGCCCAAUUUUUCUCCGUGACUGUUCGAACUGCAUAAUCACUGCAGUCUGUGGACAAUUUCGCCUUAAAAACUGCAGAGAUCUCAAAAUUUAUUUAUAUUGUUCCUCAGAUCCUUCAAUUGAAUAUUCAAGCAAUCUUGUAUUUGGUCCCUACAACUUUUCAUAUCCUUUACAAGAUCAGCAUUUACAAAAGGCUAAGCUUGAUCAAAACAACAACUUGUGGAGCCAGAUUUUCGAUUUCAAUAAAACUGAAGGCGAAAUCCAUUGGAAUAUCAUGCAGCCUGGCGAGUUUGAAGAAAUGGAAUGGGAAAAACCAGAACUGGGAGACAAAGUGAACCCUAUCAGAAGGAGUGUGAGGUAUGGAGGAGACUUGCAAGAAGAAAUUGUAGAAGGAAGCCAAGAAAAAGGAGUGGAAGGGCUUAUGUCAUUUGAUAUUAAAACAGGACAGAAGGAAGCUGAACAAGCGAUGCAGGGGCUGCUUUCUGGGGCGGGAAAUCAGGCUCAGCCAAGUCAGAAUGUAUUUGAAGAGGAAAACGACUUUUUUGGAAAUCAGCCACAGAGCGGGGAAUCUGGUGAUAUCUUUGGUGGAACUACUCAGCAGUAUAGUGGAGAUAUUUUUGCAGGCAGCUCAGCUCCACCUUACAGUGAUGCAUUUGAACCUCAAAGCAGUGGAGAUAUUUUUGGAGGUAGCUCAGAACCACAAUACAGUGAUGCAUUUGCAGCUCAGCCUUUCGGAGCUCAAAACUCAGAUCCUCAUUAAAAAUAUUUUAUAUAUUUUUUCAUUUUUUUAUUAAAAUUAUUUAAUUAAAAAGUUAUAAAUCCUCAAUACUUUGCAGGCCAAGAGUCCAAUCAAGAUGCUUUUGGCCAAGCUGGGACAGCACCUCAUGCUCCAACAGAAGAAGAUUUAGAAGAAAUCGAAAGGACAAGAGCCCGAGAUGCUGAAAAUCAAGAGUUUAUGAGAAAACUCUACCAAAAAGACGAAAAAGAAAGAGCAGUUAAGGAUGAGAAAAGAAGAAAAGCCAAAGAAGAGUUAAAACUUUGGUAUGACAACAGAGCCAAAAUGACAGAGCAGAAGAGAGCAAUGAAUAGAGAUGAGGAAACCUACAAGAAGCAGCAAAAGGCUGAAUUCAACGAUAAAACUAGCUGGAAAAAGGUCGCUUCUAUGAUUGAUUUUAAAGAGGAUCGCAAAGAUGUCACCAGGAUGAAAUCAGUUUUAUUAAGUAAAAAGAAUGAGAAUUAG